CCACGCGCGCCACGCGCCUGCGCCCGUGCUGGGCGCGGAUUCCGGCCUAGCGCGUCCGCGGCGUCGGCCCAGCCCGGCCUAGCAGCCAGCGCCACUUCGACGACAUGUUCGGCGUCUCGUUCCGGGACCCGUCCCUGCUCCUCGCCAUUACUGUUAUUGGGGUCACUGUGCUCCUGUUGGCCCUGAAGAACAUGAACUUCAAGAGGAGACAUCCCAUCACCUUACAGGACCCUGAAACCAAGUACCCUCUGCCCUUGAUUGAGAAAGAGCAAAUCAGUCACAACACCCGGAGGUUCCGCUUUGGACUGCCAUCACCAGACCAUGCCUUAGGGCUUCCUGUAGGUAACUAUGUUCAUCUCUUGGCCAAAAUUGAUGAUGUUUUGGUGAUCAGGGCUUAUACGCCUGUGUCCAGUGAUGAUGAUCUUGGCUUUGUGGACUUAAUCAUAAAGAUCUACUUCAAAAAUGUACACCCUAAUCAUCCAGAAGGGGGGAAGAUGACUCAGUACUUGGAGAACAUGAAAAUUGGGGACACCAUCCUUUUUCGAGGGCCAUCUGGGCGCCUUUUCUAUCAGGGGUCAGGGAAGUUUGCCAUCAAGCCGUACAAAAUGAGUGAGCCUGAAAAUAAACUGGUCCAUCACCUGGGAAUGAUUGCUGGGGGCACAGGGAUCACGCCCAUGCUGCAGCUCAUCCGCUGCAUCACCAAGAAGCCCAGUGACAGGACCAGGAUGUCCCUCAUCUUUGCCAACCAGACAGAGGAGGAUAUCUUGAUGAGAAAAGAGCUUGAAGAAGUUGCCAGAACCCAUCCAAAGCAGUUCAAACUGUGGUACACCCUGGACAGGCCUCCUGUUGGCUGGAAGUACAGCUCAGGCUUCAUUACCGAGGAUAUGAUCAAAGAGCACCUCCCGCCUCCUGGGAGGUCCACAUUCAUCCUGGUAUGUGGCCCACUAGCCCUGAUCCAGACAGCUGCACACCCAAACCUGGAGAAACUGGGUUACACCAAGGAUAUGAUUUUCACCUACUAA